AGGAAACACACAGAUAUUUUAUAAUUUGGCUGUGCAGCAAGGAGAGCGAUGGGACCAUCGGAGGGCCGCCGAUUCUCCGCCGCGAAACUAAUAAACGCCGGCAAAUUCGCCGUUGAAUCCGCCUUAAGCCAAGUGGGUUUGCAGUUAUAUGAUAUUGUUAAGGGACAGCCGAAGAAGAAUCUUGUGAUGGUGGAAGAGAUGAAUGACCGGCGGCAGCAAAGUAGAGCUCCAGCAUUUAGACACGAGGACGAGGAAGAGCGUCUCAAACGCUUAUUUGACGAGCCCCUGGAGAAGGCGGCACCGCCUAAGACAGAAGAUAAGAGGAAGAUUUUUAUUCGUUCCCGUCUCUAGGUAGCUUAUUGUGAGAACUACAAGGUUGGCCUCUACACAAUUGACGACAUGUAUUAAAAUGAAACACGAAGUUUACAGAUAGCUUAUUGUGAACUGUGGGAACUCUGCAGUAACUCUAGAUUAUCUGCAGUAACUCUAGAUUUCUAGUAUGAAUGUACAUCAAUUAGGUUCAUUCGAUGAUGAAGUGCGACUUAGUUGAUAUAUAUCUGUAAGAUAAUGGAGGAACUAUUGAUCCUCUUAAAUUAAUAAAAGGGGAAACAUGACACAAAAA